AAAGGGCUGAUUUUUUUUUUCUUUUUCAAAUAUGAUUUCACUCCAAACCAUUUGUACUCAUUCAAUUCAUAGAAAAUAAGAUCAUUUUUUUCACCUCAUUAUGAGGGUUUCUUAAAGGCCACUGGUACAUCAAGCAUAACCAACAGAGUGGAGUAUUGAUGUCAGUUACAGCUAGUUUUGCCUUGUGUAAUACAGUUUUCUUCAGAUCAAUAUGAUUUGAAGCUCAAGAUCGCCUCCUUCUUGUAGUUGUAUCAAUAUCAUACAAACUACAGGAGGAUUUUGUGACAAAAAACUGACUCCCAUUUGAAGCAAAUCGUAAUGUCUAGAGUUGAACAGGAGAAAUUUGGAGUUUUAAAGCUAUAAAGAGAUGGAGCUCAAGAUGCCAAUCAAAGAGAAACUGGGGAAUUAAAAAAUUUAUAUAUUCUGCAUUUGAGUUCCAGCCAAUACCUGUAACCAAACAUUAGCUAAUUGUUUCUGUAUUGGAAGUAAAAAAACCGGAGAAAUCCUGCUCUUGAAGUUGCUACGAUUGAGAAAGUUUGCCAAGGCCUUGCAAUAGCCAUGAUCCAUUCAAGAUUGAAAGCUCUCAACAACCAAGCGCAAGCUCUCCUUGUCCACCGAUGCAACAAGCACACUCAUUCUCAACAAACCUACACCCCUGUUCGAAACAAACCCAAAACCAAAACAAAACGAAGAAUUCAACAGCCACGAAAACCCAUUCCAUUUGUAUCCGAUUUGAAACAAAUACAUGAUCCAGAGGAGGCAUUGUCCUUCUUCCACGAGUACCAACAAAUGGGCUAUAAACAUGAUUACCCUUCAUAUGCUUCUCUUAUUUACAAACUAGCGCGUGCUCGCCAUUAUGAAGCCGUUGAGACAAUUCUUGGUUACAUUCAAAAUUACAGUAUUCGAUGCAAAGAAAUCCUUUUCAUUGCUUUGAUUCAACAUUAUGGAAAGGCCCGUUUGGUUGAUAAGGCCGUUCAACUUUUUCACAAAAUAACUUCUUUUGAUUGUGUACGUACAUUACAGUCUUGGAAUACAUUACUUUAUGUACUUAUUGAUAAUGAUAGGUUUCAUGAUGCCAAGGACAUGUUUGACAGUUUUGAUAAAAUGGGUCUUCGUCCAAAUUCGAUUUCGUUCAAUAUAAUGAUCAACGGAUGGUUACAGAAGGGUGACUGGGAAGAAGCUUGUAGAGUGUUUGAUGAAAUGCUUGAGAGAAAAGUUCAACCGAGUGUUGUGACUUAUAAUAGUCUUAUUGGCUUUUUGUGUAGAAAGGGUGACGUGGAGAAAGCCAAGGGUGUGUUUAAGGACAUGGUUAACAAAGGGAAAUACCCUAAUGCGGUUACAUAUGCAUUGUUGAUGGAAGGUUUGUGUUCUAUAGAUGAGUUUAAAGAAGCUAAAAAGUUGAUGUUUGAUAUGGCAUAUAGAGGGUGUAAACCAAAACUUAUAAAUUUUGGUGUGUUGAUGACUGAUCUUGGUAAGAGAGGGAAGAUUGAUGAGGCGAAAUCUUUACUUGCUGAGAUGAACAAAAGGCGUUUUAAGCCAGACGUUGUGAUAUACAAUAUAUUGAUAAAUUACCUUUGUAAGGAGGGCAGAGCAGCUGAGGGUUAUAAAGUUUUUAUUGAGAUGCAAGUUGGAGGUUGUGAGCCAAAUGCUGCUACGUAUAGGAUGAUGGCCGAUGGAUUCUGUAAGAUUGGGGAUUUUGAGGGUGGUUUGAAGGUUUUAAAUUCAAUGUUAAUUAGUCUGCAUUGUCCUCGGUUGGAAACAUUUUGUUGUUUGAUUGAGGGACUGUUGAAGAGUGGAAAGAUAGAUGAUGCUUGCUUUGUUUUGGAGGAAAUGGAGAAGAGAAAGUUGAGACUUGAUUUAAAUGUAUGGGAAGGUCUAGUUAGGGAUGCUUGUGUUGGUGAUGAAGGUGCUGGUGGGCUUGUGGGUGAACUUAUAUAUGCCCAUUAAGGA